AUGCACCAGUGGCCGUACGCGAUCUUCGAGAGGGUCAUUAGCCAUUUGUACGACCCCGCGGAUGUGGGGCUGUUCCUUCUCGCCUUGAAAGGCGACCAGCGCUUUCAGGAAGUACACAGUGCCCUCCUCACCCAGUCGUUUGGCUUUGGCCCCGAGCCCGACCAGCGCCACAACGGGAUCACACUUGAACACUACGCCGAGUGGAAGUGGAACCGCCGUCGCUCCUACAGCGAGACGGCGAAGAUCCAAGCGCAGCUGAACGAGCACACGCGGUUCUGGCAACGCCAAUUGGUGGUGUCAGGAUUCACCGCGGUGUUGUGGAUGGUGUUUGAAGUGGCGCUGGCGGCGUUUGGCAUCGCGGUGAUGCUCAAGUUGGUGAGAGUGUUCCGCGAGUUGGUGGAGCUUCUGGUGGCGGUGGUGCACGACUACGGCGUCUACAUCUUGGCGUUGGUAAUUGUGUUUACCACGUUGACCUUUCUUCGUGGUCAAUUUAUCGUUUAG